AUGGACAGGAGGAGGAAGCGAGAAGACGACGGCGGAGCGAGCGUCGGAAAGAAGCGACCGAAGGGACCGGAGAGUUCUGCCGAGGGAGAGCAGGCGGAGGUGGCGGCGACGGAUGAGGAGGUGGAGGAGUUCUUCACCAUCCUGAGGAGGAUACACGCGGCGGUCAGGUACUUCGAGAAGGGCAAGAGAGGGGAAGGGUCGCGCAGGUUGACGCUCUCCGAGCUGGAGGCUCUUCCGGAGGAGGAGGAGGAGGAGGACGACGACGGAGCUCCGCGGAGGAGCGACGACCCGGGUCUGGAUCUUAACUGCGAGCCGUCAUCCGAAGCCAACGCCGCUUCCGGUUUGUAG